CGUCCACAGGCGGCUCCGCAAGAAGUACCGGGAAGUGGGAGAUUUUGAUAAGAUCUGGCGAGAACACUGUGAGGAUGAGGAAACACUUUGUGAAUAUGCUGUUGCAAUGAAAAAUUUGGCAGAUAAUCAUUGGGCAAAAACUUGUGAGGGUGAAGGUCGUAUUGAAUGGUGUUGUAGUGUAUGCAGAGAAUAUUUCCAAAAUGGUGGAAAGAGAAAAGCACUUGAGAAAGAUGAAAAAAGAGCUGUACUUGCUACUAAGACCACUCCAGCCUUAAAUAUGCAUGAGUCUUCUAAACUUGAAAGUCAUUUAACCAACCUCAGCUUUACAAACCCUGACUUUAUAACUGAGUUGCUACAAGCCUCAGGAAAGAUCAGAUUACUUGAUGUUGGCAGCUGCUUUAACCCAUUUCUGAAGUUUGAAGAAUUUCUAACAGUCGGCAUAGACAUUGUACCUGCUGUAGAGAGUGUAUAUAAAUGUGAUUUCCUGAACUUACAGCUUCAGCAACCACUGCAGCUUGCACAGGAUGCUAUAGAUGCUUUUUUGAAGCAGCUGAAAAACCCCAUUGAUUCUCUUCCUGGAGAACUUUUCCAUGUGGUUGUUUUUUCUCUCCUCCUUUCUUAUUUCCCAUCACCUUAUCAGCGGUGGAUUUGCUGCAAGAAAGCCCAUGAACUCUUAGUGUUAAAUGGCUUAUUACUUAUCAUCACACCUGAUUCCUCUCAUCAGAAUCGUCAUGCUAUGAUGAUGAAAAGCUGGAAGAUUGCUAUAGAGUCUUUGGGCUUUAAACGCUUCAAGUAUUCAAAAUUUUCACAUAUGCAUCUGAUGGCGUUUAGGAAAAUCUCCCUAAAAACUACAAGUGACUUGGUCAGUAGGAACUAUCCAGGGAUGUUAUAUAUUCCUCAAGAUUUCAACAGUAUAGAAGAUGAGGAAUAUUCUAAUCCUUCCUGCUAUGUUCGAUCAGAUAUAGAAGAUGAACAACUAGCAUAUGGUUUCACAGAGCUCCCUGAUGCUCCUUAUGACUCAGAUUCUGGAGAAAGUCAAACCAGCUCUAUUCCUUUCUAUGAGCUAGAGGAUCCCAUAUUACUUUUAAGUUAGUAUUAAAGCAAAAGGCCCUUUCAGUCCAGACUCCUAAACUAGUUGCUUACACUAAUCAGAAAUAUUAACAUGAACUCAGUACUUAAAACCUGAUUUGCAUAGAAGAAAUGCAAAGGUUUACAGAGUUUGCUAUUUUUUUCUACUUCUGAAUUUUAAAAUUUAUUCUUAUAUAGAAAGCUUAAAGUUUCAUGCAGAGUGACUCCUGUCAUAGCAGAAACCACUGUUUAGCAUUUAGCACUAAGAUAUCAUAGAAAGGUACCUUUUUCUCUUUAGUGCUAUUGUGAAAAAUGAAGCAUAAUUUACUAUAUAUUUUCCUUUUCUUCAACUUUUCAAUGUUGACUUUAAACCAUUACAAUGGGAAACUUUAAAAUAUGUAGAAAGCUGUAGAUUGCACUUUGAUGACUCACAACUUAAUUAAAUGUGACAGAGAUAGAUUGGCUUAGUUGUUUUGUAAUGCACUUAUCUUUUACUUUUUUCAUCUAAAUUGUAUCUGUUACAGAAAGCCCUUUCCUGUUCGCUUUUGUCUGAUGACCCAGUAUUUCCCAGCCUUUUAGGAAUUGGUGAUAAAUCUUCAUUCUCAUUUGACAGCAUCAGACAUUGGGAGAGAGAUUGGCCCCAAUUUACGUAUUUUAAUUUUUUUUAGCACAGUAUGAUAAACACCAUUGCCAAAGUAGUAUUUUCUUACCUUCCUUGUUGAUUUGGGCCUUGGUGUUAAGUAGAUUUAUCCAUGAGUUCACUUUCACUUUUAUAAAAUUUGGGUUUCAUUUACAAAAUUUCUAUUUAAGCAAGGAACGAUGUAAUACUCAAUACUGACCUAAAACACCUUUGUGAAAGGGUUUGCACUUGUAAAAGAGUUUAUGUUCUUUUGAGAAAAACUUUGACAGGUCCUGCCUUUCUGUUAAGGAGGUGCUGCACUACAAGUUUGGAUUAUACAGAAGAAUUUAAAAUUAACCGUCUGCUAGUAAUCUUAUAAAAUGAUUUUGACCUUUUGGUAUCCUAAUUUUUUCUACAUUCUAGCAGAAAAUUUUCUUGGAAUAUAUAACUGUUAGUUGGCUGUGGGAAUUUUCCCUUUCCACAUUGAUAAAUGCCUUUCUGUGUUUCUGAAUCAGAAGCAAAUGAUAAAGGAGAAAUAUAUGUUCAAACAAGACAAGAUUAGUUUAAACAGCUAAGAGCAUUUAGUCCACAUUGUCUUGUCAGCCAGCAAUUGUCAUGUAAACUAUCAUUUUUAAGAGUGCCACUGUGUGGAUUUUUUUUUCAAGUGGUUAUUACAUUAAAAUUACCUCAUACUGAGGUUUUUGCACUGAAAUAUCACAGUUUCAGAUUUCAUGGUUAAUGUAGUGUGUAUGUGUGUGUGUAUGUGUUUUUUAAAGGAAACUUGGAUUUUCAAUAGUUAAUCCUAAAUUUCAUAAACUGCACUUCUUUACUCUGGUAAAAAAAAAAAAAAAAAAAAAAAAAAA